GCGACGCGGAAGUUCCCGGAGUUGGCUGGAAGCUGGGUCGCUUCGCGCCGCCAUGGGGGUCUCCGGCAGUCGCCUCCCCCGGGAUCUGCUGGGAGAGUACCAGGAGCUGACCUUCCUGAGCAAACAGGAGAUCCUGCUGGCUCACAGACGGUUCAGUGAACUUCUGUCCAAGGAGGCGCGGGACCAGGCUUUCAUGGCAAGGGUCGCCAAGAGCAAGAUCCUCACGCUCCCGGAGCUGCGGGCAAACCCCUUCCGGCACCGGAUCUGCCGUGUCUUCUCUACAGCUGAGGAUGGAGGGGGAAGCAUGUCCUUUGAGGAUUUUCUUGACAUGCUGAGCGUCUUUAGCGACUCUGCUACACCAGAGAUCAAAUCACACUAUGCCUUCCGCAUCUUUGAUUUUGAUGAUGAUGGAACUCUAGACAAGAAAGAUUUGGAGAACCUGGUAAACUGCCUGACUGGGGAAGGAGAAGACAGCAGGUUGAACUCCGUGGAGAUGGACCAGCUCAUCCAGAACAUCUUAGAGGAGUCGGAUAUAGACAAAGAUGGGACCAUCAACCUGUCUGAAUUCCAGCACAUAAUUUCCCGGUCACCGGACUUCACCAGUUCCUUCAAAAUUGUGCUCUGAUUCCCUCCCAAGUCUUCCUCUCCCUCUGUGCAAAGACGACAGACCCUCCUUUUUCUAGCCAAAGUAGACAGCUGCGUCCAAAGGAAACCAGCAUUCCAUCCAACCCUCCUGCAGCUCACGGGUGUUGGCCCUGCCAAGUCUUUGGUCUUCAUUUUUCCACAGCCACCAUUUCUGCCGAGAAGGGAGUGGAGUGAGGAAUGACUGGCUGUGUCACUUGCAGUGGGAAGUUACACUUCCAGGAGCUUUCUGUCCUCCGUGUGGCCUUCCCACUUGCCACUCUGGGCCACUGGCUGCUGGAAGCCCAGCGCUGCCGUGGCAGCAGAGCCAGGCUGGAGCGUCAAGGGUUUCUGUGCCUUUGCAGCCGCCUUGGAGCUGGCUGUGGCCUUGCACCACCUCCUUUGUGGCCUGGAGAUGGGCUGUGCCUCCAGCCACGCACUCCCCUGGCGAGAGGAGAGGGGAGCCCUGCCUGACUUCUUGAGGGCUCCGAGUCCUUGGGUGAGCUGGGAGAGGGGCUGCCCUGCCCGCUUUUGAAAGCCUUUCCCGAGACCUCGCUCGGCCAUGUUUGGCUUCUACACUCCUAAUAAAAUCCAGUUGCUGGAA